AAUCAGUCCUGAUUGAUUAAUGAGGCGCAAAAGAUGUUGAAAAACACCUGAAGAUGCUAUCGUGCUCUACCCUGGAGCUACUAGCGCAAACGGGUGUUGAAGACUUCGACUAGGGCGGAGACAACGCCUUUGGAGAACGCCCACCAUCACCCUGGGCACUGGGAUCUCGUCGUGCAUUGUGGGACUGUUUCCGGAGGAGAGCUCGCCAACGCUAUUCGGGCUGACAUCAUGGAAGUAUUAGAAAGAUGGCCUCAUCAUCAGGGAACGACGACGACCUUACCAUUCCGAGGGCAGCCAUCAACAAAAUGAUAAAGGAAACUCUCCCUAACGUACGGGUAGCAAACGAUGCCAGAGAGCUUGUAGUUAAUUGUUGCACAGAAUUUAUUCAUCUGAUUUCCUCGGAGGCUAACGAAAUAUGCAACAAGUCCGAGAAGAAGACCAUAUCUCCCGAACACGUCAUCAACGCACUUGAAAGCUUAGGCUUUGGGUCCUACAUCGCUGAAGUCAAAGAUGUUCUGCAGGAGUGUAAAACGGUAGCGCUUAAGAGGAGAAAGGCAAGCUCCCGCCUGGAGAAUCUCGGCAUUCCCGAAGAAGAGCUACUACGUCAACAACAGGAACUGUUUGCAAAAGCACGGCAGCAGCAGGCAGAACUGGCCCAGCAGGAGUGGUUGCAAAUGCAGCAGGCGGCGCAGCAGGCUCAGCUGGAGGCUGCCUCAGCCAGCGCAGCCCAGCAGGCCAGCUCCUCCCAGGAUGAGGACGAGGAGGAUGACAUGUGAGAGAGAGAGCGAGAGAAAAAAAGAAAGAAUGAGCGAGAGAGAGAGUGAGCGAGUGAGCGAACACGAGAGAGAUGCACACCUGUCUGUCCUCCUCCAGCUCUUCCUGGACGAGCAGAGGCAUCCACAGUGUUUUUUUGGACAGCCUCCCCUCCCCUCUCCCCCCUCCUCCUCCACUUACCCAUCCGACAACCCCCAGAGACAUUCUCAGUCCAGAAUGAACAGUAUACACAUGGAUGUUUCCUUUUUUAAGACAAAAAAAAAAGAUUAAAUUGUUUGGGGUUGACACGUGGCCCUUUUAGCUAAUAAUUGUCCGUGUUACUUGUUUACUCAGACGAACCAGACACAGUCGAAGCUCUCUUGGCACAACAGUUUUUUGUUUCGCAUUUUGUUUAGUGUUUAUUUACUUUUAACAAUUGACCCAUGGUAUCUUGUUUCGAUUUGUCAAAGGUUUAAAAAAUGAAAUUCUCAUGCAUUAUAUGUAGGGGAUGCAAAGAGAAACGGAAAAGGCAAACGACUGAUGGAGAUAUUUGUUCCUUGCUGAGUAUGUACAAGAGGAGUGUUCAAGCUCAUGUGCUGCCUCUUUUAGGUUGAUUGUAUAAUUGUUCCUCAAACGUUAUUUUUGUAAUGUUCAGCAAGAAAUCUUUUCUAAAGGGGCAGGGGGUCUUACUGGCAUUUUGGGGAUUGGGAAAGGGGGAUUGUGUUUUUUUUUCUCUCCUUUUUAUGGGAACCGCUCCUUACCCAUGUCUUGCUCAGUGGAUAAUACAGAUAUUAUUUCCAAAACCAUUUGGAGUUUUAUUUGUUAACGUAAGAUGUUCAUUGCUUUGUUGAAUCAUUUUAGUUAAGUCAAGGUGUAAGUAGGUCGAGGCUUUUAUCUUCCUGUUAUUCAAUACAGUAUUGCUAUGAAAAGAUUUUCUCUUUCUCAUCCCUAGUACCAAAGACAGAAAAGAGGCUUAUGCCCCUUCAGUUACCAGACAGAGUAAAAUGACGUAUACCGAUAGUGUUUGUCCUGUAUAGAAGUCAAUGGUUUUGGUGCAGACUGCGCCUAAGUUUCUGCACACAGACACAAACACGUGGUUAGUGACUUUCACUUUGUACAAUGUUUUGAUAUCUGAGCAGUUGUUUCCCUCCCCCCCUGGUGCGAUGUGUAAAAGUUGCGUUGUGAAUGUGUGGUGAAUUCUUAACUUGUGAUGAUUGGUAAUCUCUAGUUGAAGUGUGUUCACAUGCCUUCUCAAAAGCUGUAAGCUGUAUUCUCUGAGCAAUAAAGUCAAAAUGUUUUAUAGUCAAAA